GAGAGAGAGAGAGAGAGAGAGAGAGAGAGCGAGAGAAUAGGGGUAUCCUGGCAACUAUCCAGGCCUCAGCCCAAAGCCAGGUCCUGCUGCCGCUUCUUGUUUGUCCAGAACAUGGUGCUGUUCCCACUCUGCAAACUGCUCUCAGGGUCAGUCAGAGUGACCAAGAAGCAGCUGGUCCUGUACUGUCUGCUCCUAUCUCUGCUCGUUUACUUUUUAAGAUGGAGGAGAGCAGUGCUCAAGGUGGACACGCACCCUCUUUCUCUAGAUGCAGAAUCAGGAAGUGAAGUCAGAGACAUAGGGGUGGGCAGUGUGGAGGAACAGCAACAGCGCCUCCCCCUGGAGACAUCCUGGGGUGCUCCUCUGGUGUGGGGCGACUCUGACGGCUCAGCGUGGCGGAGGGCCGAGUUUGCCCACCGCAGCGUCCGCACAGGCCUGUUGACGCUCGCCGUGGGGCCCUACAGCCACUUCCUGCGCCGCUUCCUCUCCUCGGCCGAGCUCUACUUCCUGCCCGGUAACACCGUGGUCUACUACGUUCUUACAGACAGCCCUCGCGCCCUGGAUCCCCUGACCCCGCUGGGCCCCGGCAGAGAGCUGAGGGUGGUUCCUGUGGCCGAAAUGCCCGGCUGGGAGCGUCUAGCCCAGGGCCGCAUGGCCCUGCUGGCGGCCGCCAUUAAAGAGCCGGUCAGGCACGAGGUGGAGUACGUCUUCUGCAUGGACGUGGACCAGGAGCUGGUGGCCCCGGUGGGAGCUGAGAUCCUGGGGGAGCUGGUGGCCGCACUGCACCCGGAACUCUACGGCAUGCCCCGCCACACCUUCCCGUAUGAGCGCGAGCCCACCUCGCUGGCCCAAGUGGAGGAGGACGAGGGCGACUACUACUACACGUCGGAGCUGUACGGGGGUCUGUGCGCCGAGGUGUACGCCAUGGCCCGGGCCUGCUCCCAGCUCAUCCUCCAGGACCAGGAAAAGGGGCUGAGGGCUCGCGGACUGGAGGAGAGCUACCUCAACCGCUACCUGAUCAACCGCAGGCCCACUUGUGUCCUCUCGCCCGAGUACAGCUGGUGGGACUCAGCCCUGGCCGCCGACGUGCCCACAAGGAGGGUGGUGUCCCUGGGGAGGCAGUGUGACUCCCUGGAGCCACAAAAGAGACAGGAGCAGAACUGCUGAUAGGGUUAUUUCUUUGCUUUGUCUUAGAAUUAUAACAAUUAUAAAAUGUAGAUACAUUCCAAAAGCAAUUUUAAGGCAAAUACAAGGAUCCCUUGGAAUCUUUUGAUGUGUCAGUAAUUAAACUAAUGGCAGCAGACCCAUUGGAGUAAAUACUGUGUGUGUGUGUGUGUGUGUGUGUGUGUGUGUGUGUGUGUGUGUGUGUGUGUGUGUGUGUGUGUGUGUGUGUGUGUUUGUCUUCAGCCUAUCUCUUCUGCACCAGACAAAAAAUGAAUUAACCUGUCUCUUUAGACACAGGCCUAUACCAUUAAUGUCAGCUUGUAGGUACGACUCCAAAGGCUUUUGUGGUUUCCAAUAGGAGUCAACAUUGUAAGUGCCCACUUUCACUGCACUGGCCAAUCAUUAACUGGUGGAGCUGCCGUUUCAAGGUCUUUAAAUACACAGCAGUGGGAUGCUGCUUCCCCACGUGCCAUUUUGGCCUUUGCGUUCAGGGCUGUGUGUGUGUAGAACUAGAGGACACUAGGCAAAGUGUUCCCAUUGUCAAUGUAAUAAGUAUCCUCUUUCUUAUACUGCUUACGAAAAUGUUUGUUCCCCAACCGUUUUUUUACAGCACAUUCGGUGCUGGGUGAAAUAGAAUAUGCACUCGGCAUAUCAAUAUAGUGACAGGUGCUUGGGAAGAAGCAUGAGAAUACUGAAAAUGACACAAAAAGACCAGCUAUGACUCACCAACUUGUUAAACACACAAAUGUUUCAAUAUCUUCCUCAGGUGAAGAGAAGCUUACACUCA